AUGCCGGAGGACGAGUCGCUGUUAAAGAACCGGACGGAACACGGGCCGGAGCCGAGCCAGGGGGGAGCGCGCCCUGCAUGGGCAGUCACGGCACUGGCGAGCGUGCUGAUCUUUACCACUGUGGUGGAUGUCCUGGGUAACCUGCUUGUCAUCGUGUCCGUAUUUAGGAACCGUAAACUACGAAAUGCAGGAAAUGUCUUUGUGGUGAGCCUGGCCUUUGCAGACUUGGUGGUUGCAUUCUACCCCUACCCUCUGGUGUUGUACGCCAUCUUCCAUGACGGCUGGUCACUGGGUGACACCCAGUGCAAGGUGAGUGGCUUCCUGAUGGGCUUGAGCGUCAUUGGCUCCAUCUUCAACAUAACAGGCAUCGCCAUCAACCGCUACUGUUACAUCUGCCACAGCUUCAGCUACGAUAAGCUGUACAGCUACCGCAACACGCUGCUGCUGGUUGCACUCAUCUGGCUGCUGACAAUCAUAGCCAUCGUGCCCAACUUUUUUGUUGGCUCGCUGCAGUACGACCCCCGCAUCUACUCAUGCACAUUUGCACAGACAGUCAGCACGUCCUACACUAUUACAGUGGUGGUGGUCCACUUCUUUGUGCCCAUUGUUGUGGUCACCUUCUGCUACCUGCGUAUCUGGAUCCUGGUCAUCCAGGUGAGGCGGAAGGUAAAGUCAGAGGUCCGCCCUCGCAUGAAGCCCAGUGACCUCAGGAACUUUAUCACAAUGUUUGUGGUGUUCGUGCUGUUUGCUAUUUGUUGGGCACCACUCAACUUCAUUGGGCUUGCUGUUGCUAUCAACCCUGAAACAGUGGUGCCUUACAUCCCGGAGUGGCUCUUUGUGGUCAGCUACUUCAUGGCUUACUUCAACAGUUGCCUUAAUGCCAUCAUCUAUGGCCUGCUGAACCAGAACUUCCGCAGGGAGUACAAGCGGAUCAUCAUGUCUGUGUGGAUGCCACACCUCUUCUUCCAGGAGACGUCCCGGGGGGGCACUGAGGGCAUGAAGAGUAAACCCUCGCCAGCACUCAAUAACAACGAGCAAGUAAAAGGAGAAACUCUGUGA